CAACAGCACUAGGGAGACAUCCAGUCCUCCCUCCGAGAGCAGCCCUUUCCGCAGACAGGGAUUUAUUUAUUUUCUACACAUGCAUAUAUGUAUUUAUUUAUUUACUGGGUUGCAUUUGUUUUCCCUUUUUUUAACCCUUUCAGAAAAGCCCCAACCCUUCCAAGUGAUGAGUCUGAGAUUUCCCUAAAAUAAAAUAACUGCACAGUGGGGUUGGGUUGCUUCCCCUUCCCCCUCAGAAAAUAAAGAGGGAAGGGGGAGCAAGUAGGUAAAAUCCAGAAUAAAAUCAUAUUGCUAGAUAACUCACACCUCCCCCCUCACACACACACACACACUCACACACACAGACACACACUCUCUCUCUCUCUCUCUCUUUCUCCUCCUCCUCUUCUCUGAAGGUGGGUAGCAGGAGCCAUGCAACAUCUGCAGAACCGGAUGGCAAAAGAGCAGGAGGAAAAAUAAUCCAAGUGGAGUGCUCAGGGGACACUGAGUUCUUUUUUCCUUUUUCUUUUUUUUUUAUUUUUUCUUCUUCUCCUUCUUCUACAUACCUGUGAGAUUCGAUUUCACAUUUUGCUGAGCCCAUUUUGGGGCAUUUUAUUUUUCUUUCUCUUGGGAUUUUCUCCAUUGCCAGAGGAUGUCUCUUGUUGAGAGGAUGCUGAAAGGAAGAAGAAACGAAUUCUUUGACUGGCACUGAAGGAGGGGGGGGGAUAUUUUUCCCCCACAUUUUUUAGUUUUUUCAUUAUUCUUUUUCUCUAGGAAAUCAUUAACGGGGGGGGUUGGUUUCUUUUUUCCCUCCCCCCCUUUUUUUGGAGGGGGAUUUCAGAAGAUCCAUCCUUCUUUCCCCUCCCCUCCAAAGAUUUUUUUUCAUCCUUCGUCUUUGUGGAAAUGUGGACAUUUCAGGCAGACAGAUUGAGUGGAAUUGUCUCUGCUUUAGCAGCUCUUUGUCUCGCCUGCUGUGCGCAAAGCCCAUCCACUGGGAAUAUUUCUGUGGUGAAAGAGAUUGUGGACAAACUGCUGAAGGGCUAUGACGUCCGCCUCAGGCCUGACUUUGGAGGUAACCCUGUCACAGUGGGAAUGAGCAUCCAUAUCUCCAGCAUUGACCAGAUCUCUGAAGUCAACAUGGACUACACCAUCACCAUGUACUUCCAGCAGAGCUGGCGGGACAAACGCCUGGCAUAUAACGACCUUCCUCUCAACCUGACCCUGGACAACCGGGUGGCUGACCAGUUGUGGCUGCCUGACACCUAUUUCCUGAAUGACAAGAAGUCCUUUCUGCAUGGGGUGACAGUGAAGAAUCGCAUGAUUCGGCUCCAUCCUGAUGGGACUGUCCUGUAUGGCCUGAGGAUCACCACCACGGCCGCUUGCAUGAUGGACCUGCGGAGGUACCCCCUGGACCAGCAGAACUGCACGCUGGAGAUCGAGAGCUAUGGUUACACGGUUGAUGACAUUGUCUUCUUCUGGCAAGGAAAUGAUUCUGCUGUCACAGGGAUGGAGGUGCUAGAAUUGCCUCAGUUCACCAUUAUCGAGCAGAGGCUGGUCAGCAGGGAAGUGGUCUUCACCACUGGUUCAUAUCUGCGCUUAUCCUUGAGUUUCCGGAUUAAGAGGAACAUUGGUUACUUCAUCCUGCAGACUUACAUGCCAUCUAUUCUCAUCACCAUCCUGUCCUGGGUCUCCUUCUGGAUCAAUUAUGAUGCUUCUGCUGCACGAGUGGCACUGGGGGUCACCACGGUACUUACAAUGACUACCAUCAACACCCAUCUGCGGGAGACUCUCCCCAAGAUCCCUUACGUCAAGGCUAUUGAUGUUUACCUCAUGGGCUGCUUUGUCUUCGUGUUCCUGGCGCUCCUGGAGUAUGCUUUUGUCAACUACAUAUUCUUCGGGCGAGGGCCCCGGCAGCAAAAGAAACAGAGUGAACGGAUCAGCAAGGCCAACAACGAACGCCACCGUUAUGAGGAGAAGAGGGUUGACCCUUAUGGUAACAUCCUCCUCAGCACUCUGGAGAUGAACAACGAGCUGCUGGCCACGGACAUGAUGAGCAGUGUUGGAGACUCUCGAAACUCUGUCAUGUCCUUUGAAGGCUCAGGAAUUCAGUUCCGCAAGCAGCUGGCCUCUCGGGAUGGAUUUGGUCACCAUCCAACCCUGGACCGCCACGUCCCACUGACCCACCAUGCUGCAGCCCGCAACCGUGCCAACUGCCGUCUCCGCCGGCGGUCAUCUAAGCUGAAGCUCAAAAUCCCAGACCUGACAGAUGUCAGCACCAUUGACAAGUGGUCACGAAUCAUUUUUCCAAUCACCUUUGGAUUCUUCAACCUUGUUUACUGGUUGUACUAUGUAAAUUGAUGCCUGCAGCCUCCGAGAGAGAUAGGGACAGACACUCAGACAAUGACAACACAGGAGUGUUGUGGUCUUUUGGGUUUGGGUUUUACUCUUUACUAUCAUCGUCAUUUAUUCCUUUGAUUCAUUAGAUUUAUUCUAAGCUUACUCUUCUCUUUUCAGCACAUGUAGAACCAUGGAGUGUGGGGGGGGGUAAGGGAGAGAAGGGUAUAUGGGAGGGGGUUUGGUUUCAGGGAGGGAUGUGUUUGUCUUGAUUUUGGUUUCCUGUUGAAGGACUUAAACCAUUGUAAAAAAAACCCAAAAAACACCAAAAACAAAAAAAGAAAGAAAAAAAAAGAAAAAAUGACAGAAAAAAAGAAAAAAAACCACACACAAAAAAACCAAAAAAACAAGAAAAGUUUAAAAAAAGGGGGGGAGGGAGAUUUAAAGAAAUUGAGUCAAAAACUGGUGGGGGUGAUAGGUUAUCUUUGGCUGUGCUCACUAAUGCGCUAUUCUCACUUCCAUUUCACUACUGAAUUUCACCUUUCUCUUCUCAGUAUUAUUAUAUUUUUUUAAUCUUUCUUCUGUCACUGCUCUUAACACCUUCAUGUUUAUUCUUUCAUGGAUUCAUGAGAUGGUGGGGUUUCAUUCUCAUGCUAUGAGAUUUCUCUUUUCUUUUUCUCUCUCCCUCUCUCUUGCUUACAAGCCUAAAAGAAUCUUUUAAACCAACAAAUAAAAAGAAUAUUUAUUUUGGAAGAGCUGGGAAGGGGGGAGGACAAGGCAAUUAUUUGGGAGGGAAGGGGCAAUGUAGGGUUAUGGGAGGGGGGGAGGAGGGAGCUUAUCAAAAACAAAGGCACAUUUGCAAGUUGCCUUUUUCCACCUUCAGGAGUUUGCAAGCUGUUUUUCCUGUAUGAAUGUGUGUGUCUGCGUGUGUGUGUGCGCGGCGCAGCUGUGUGUGUGUAUGUGCGCAUGUAUGUAGAUAUGGAUGUGUGUGUGCAAGCAUGUUUUCUGGGGAGGGGAGCUGGGGAGGGGGGUUUUGUAAUGUCUUUUGUAGAAAGAGAACACAUGACAUUUAACUGGCAGUGUUUUGGGGGGAAUAGCAGGGUUUUGUUUGCUCAUUGCAACUUCGCAAGGUUGGAGGUUGGAGUCCCAGCUUGUAUUAGAGAGCACUGGGGAGGUAGAUUGUGCAAACAUAUACUUGCUGAGCAAAGAGAAGGCUUUGGGGAUCAGCAAUGGGACAGAGCUGCUGUUCAACACUGGCAUCUGAUCUCUAGUAGACUAAGCUGAUUCAGUCCUGAAAAGAGGGGUUGUUCCUAAUCAUUUCCACCCUGCAUCUUUCUUACUGAGUUUGGGGAGAAAAGCAGUUGCAGGACUCUGAAAACUCAAUCCUUCCCCGCCUUUACCUGUGUGUUCCUUGUGCCAGGCAAGGGACUUCACACUCCAGCCCACUGAGUGACCAUAGCCUAUGGCAAGGUGCAGAAAAGGGUGGAUGUCAUUAAGUUUGUUGUGCUUCAGGAUGAAAAAAUCUGGAAAUGAUUACUAUCACCUUUCCUAAGAAGUUCAGAAGCAAAUGGUAGGCUGCUGCUACCCUCUCAUCUGUACUGCUUCUAUCAGGCCUUGCUUUAUGUCUGUUAAUACAUGCAGAGUGUAGAGAAGAGCACCCUGCAUCUCUUCUUGCACAAUAUGUAACUAAGGAUGCAGUAGAGUUCCAUGGAGCAUGGAAGACGAUGGUCUUCAAAGACUGGGCAGGGUGAGAGUUGCAAUGAAAAUGCUGAGCUUGUCAGUGCUUGUGGAAGCCCCUAAGUCUGUAGCAGCUUCCAUCCACAGGCACUCAUUAUACAGGUACAGAAGGGUAACUUGGCCUUGGAAAGCAAGGUCAACUUUUUCCAAAGGAGCCAGUGACUUUCAGGAAAAUCACUGAAUUAUUGGCCACUUUGGUAAUCACUGAUGAUUGAUAAUCUCCCUUAUAAUAUUAAUAAAAGCCAUGAAAAUAAUAAAUUCACAAGUGCAAAACUUUAACCCUAGGGUCAUUCUGCCAUUCCUGGAGUAAGGAUGAGAACCUUGUUCUUACCUGAUGGAGGUUUUUACAUGCCAGACACACAGACACACACACACUGCCUUGAAUCCAACCAUCCCUUUAUUUUCCUGCUAGCAUUCUCUUCCUUUUGCCUUGAUUCCCUUUGCUUGGGAGAGCAGAGUGAGCCUUUGAGACCAGGGAAACUUCUGUUUUUGAGAUGACAGAUGCAUCUAAUGCACAUCUUUUCAUUUACUAAUUUAUGUCUGUACAGUGCUAUGAAAAUGUAAAUCACUAUAGGCCUGACUUAGUAGCACUGAAGUCAUGGAAAGUUUUGCCUUGACUUGGAUGAAGCAGGAUCAGGGCUCAUCAGAGUAAUAAGUGUUGUUAUUUUUUUAUCAGUAAUGUGUCUUACGCAUUUUUUACUAACAGAAUCCUAAGCAUAAAGGUAGAACAUCCAUCCUUCUCAAUUGUCCCCAGUCUCUGCCUCCCUCUCUCAUGUUCAUGCAGGCACACAUUUGGUCCAGGCCUACCUGGACUCACCAAGGUUUUAGCACAAUUGUUAAAUUAGACUUAGAUUCCCAGCUGCCCUGCAGAACAGUCUCGUGCUGGUUUCCACAUUCAAAAGCCAUGCUGUUGAAAAUGGGUUUUCCCAAUAUUAUUGCAGUUUAUGGUCUAAAUGGGUGUGUAUAGUAAUAAGAGUCUGAAGAGUGAAUGGAGCUGGAUAAAUAGGGCUAGGGCUGGAUCGGGUAGUUAUGUCUACCUAAUACACAGAAAGUUAAAGCUUGGCCGAUGGAGAAAGUUACACUUUCUAGUGGCAUUCUAGUUGGAAAUGGCUUUUAAAUGUUUUAAUGGAAGUCAUAAAGUUGUGUUUUAUAACAUCAGCAGUAUAAUGUAGGUGGAUAAAUGCAUGUCAGAUGACUGCGGUUCCCAGAUGGAGGCUGCCUAUCAGCAGGUUCAGUUUUUAAGGGGAGUCUAACCAGCUGAUUGAUGAUUAAAUAAAAUAUCUAAACACUCACCCUUUAUAUAUGUGAUUGCAAUGUAAAGGGUGGCCAGAACGAUAGAAGGGAAAAAAAGAGGCAGUUAUAAGAAGCCUAUUAAGAUUGGAGGGAGAACAAAUGGCCAUGUGGUAAGAAAUUAUGAAGCUGAGGGAGAUGACUCAGGAACUCCAGUAAUUUGCUAGUUGUAAUAAAAGCCUGACAAAUGUGUGGUAGGAGUUAGGCACCUGAGAGCUCUCUCAGCUGGUCCCAAAGACUGGCAGGGGCAGCAGCACACAGAUGAUGCUCUUUGCUGCUUGGGUGCUGAGCCCCACAAGAAGUGGGGUCCUGACUGACCCCAUCCAGCACCCUGCAGGUACAGCCGAGGGCCUCCAGCAGCUGGAGAUCAAGCACAUGGGGGCUGUGUUUAAUAUUUGAGGCUUCAAUCAGAGACUGAGCCCAGAAUUUCAUAGCAACAAUCCAAAAGCUUUCCAGGGAAAAAGCACUGCUCAGCUGAGCUGGGACUGGGAGGCAGACUCUUUUGCUAUUGCCUCGGUUCUCUGUUGGCUGGGUUCUCUUUCUUAUCAGGAGUCAUCCUAGUUUCUCUCUUUGAAUGUUUCUGACCUGGUAUUACCAGGUCAGUUUUACUUCAUAGAGUCAGUCUUAGUAUAUUCAGACAUCUGGACUAUUUGGUCCUACACAACAAUCCUUGCCAAAGAGUGUGCAGUCAGGACUUUUCACAGUUCAGGAACUGCCUUACAAUUUCUGGUGAUGGGGCAGAAUGCUGGAGAACAACUGAGCGUCCUGUGAGUCGAAUGAGUAAUAGAAAAUGUGUUCCCGUACAGAGGUGAGGGAAGAAUGCUGCAGGCCUUUAGAAAUGCCCUCCUCCAGAACUCAGGUGGCACCUCCAUUUUCCCCCUCCAUAGCUGCCUGUGUCCACCCCUAAGAAAGGCAACAAACCCAUGUCUCAUUUUGGGGUCCAGUGAUCCAGAAAGGAGAUAGUGGAGAAAAAAUGGCAUUUUAAUCAUACUCAAGGCUCAGAGUUUUCAAGCCAUCACAAGCAUGAGGAAAGGAAAGGCAUGAACCUCUCAUGCAGUGGGUACAAAGCUUGUGUUACUGGAAAGGCGGUGGGGAUUUCCACGCUGCAGCUUGCGUGCCUGCUGCUGUCCCCCUUUUCUUUGUGAGGGGAGAGAAGUGGGGAAAGAGGGAGGAAAGUGUGAGUGCUGUUCCAAAGUGGAGCUUCUUCUGACUUUUGCUGCAGUGGUGCAGGAGGCAAUUCUGAUUGGGACUUGGUUUCUUUGCAGCUUGGGGCAGGAUUGCUGCUUGCUGUGUUGUGGUUUUUUAGCAGAGACUGCAACCGGAGUGUGAGGGACCUUCCAGGCUGCCUGAGGGAGCUGGGCUGGGGGACAGUGUUUUGCACCUUUGCCAUGCAUAACAGCCUAAGGCAGGCAUGUGGAGGAGGAAAAGGAAGAGGAGAAAUAGAAAUGAAACCUCUCUCAGGAUAAACAUGGCCAACACAAUUCUAUCGCUUCAUUUUCUGAUACUGUAUACUGCUGUCACUCAGGGACCUUUAGAAACUAGGACCUUGGGACUGUAAUUCUACCUGUCCCCCUCCUACCCCCCCUUCACCUUGAGUGUUAAGAACUGAAAAGAGAAUGAGAGAAAGAGCAAAACAGGAAAAUAAGAGCCCUGGUAGCAAACCCCUGCUAUUCCAUGGGUGAAAAUAAAGCUUUGGUUACUACGGUAAAUGUAUACCUUUAUAUUCAUGUCUUCAAGCAUAAACCAGCCCAUAGUGUAUAUAGGAUAAGUUCACAGUGCAUGAAACAAACAGGACUGUAGGUCUUAACUGGCAUCCAGCUUUCUUGCAUGCACAUCUGACACCCCGCCAGCAGCUUAUGUCUUGCAAAUAAGUAGGGAACCUGCCAAGGCUUGGCACUUCCUCUGUCCAACGGACAGCACAUCCACUUCCCAGAAACAGAGCCAUGCAGGGAACUGAUCGGGCCAGCCUGUUUGACCAGAUCUGCUCCAGAGGCUCUGGCAGGAGGAGAUAAGGGGUGGGGGAGGGAGUUGGUUUUGUUUUCUUUUGGGGGGUUGGGGCGAGGAAGGGGUUUUAAAUCUCUGAGCUGUCACCAGGCAGAAGAGAAACCUCUGGAGCUGCAGACCAAAGGACAGUGGCUUUAGGGAAGGUGGUUACUGAAAUCCUGAUGGGGAGGAUGGGAUGAGGAAGAGGUUGUUGGCGGAAGAGAACUGUAACUUCAGAAGCAAAGCAAAUAGGAGAGAGGUAGUGAAAAUAUAUGUGCAAUACAACAGGUUUGAAAGGACUAGAGCACUGAAAACCAGGGACCUCCACUGAGUCAGACAGGCUGGGUGCAGCUGCGGGCAGCACUCAAGGAAACCCAGCCAUGGCAGCAGUCCCCGGCGGGCAGAGACCACAGUCUCUGGGAGGUGGUGAGGUCAGGAACGGGGAAAAUAGAGGGAGACUCACGGUGCACUGCCAUCAGUAUGAGCUCAGUCCCUUUAAGCAGGGACAAUCAUUUGCAUCUGGACAAUGUUGCAGGAGCUGGGCUGGGAUGCACAGGGGAGCGACCACCUUGCCAAGCUGGGGCAAGGGCUGAGCUCUACCCUGGUGUCAGAGAUCAGAGCCAACUGGGCAAGAAAUGCCAUGUGGGUUACCAAAUGCUUUCUUGGAGAUGAGAUUGGGCUUACCAAGCAGGGUGGGAUGUCUUUACAGUAGACAUGGAAAUUGGGUCGGGGGCAUGGGCCGGGUGAGAGAUGUGAAACCUAUGUGUUGGAAGCAGGACCUAACACAGAU